AUCAAGUCCCCUAGAGCCCCAGACGCCGGGCUGGCCUGUGACUCCCGGACCCUGCCCAUACCUGAGCCCUUCUCCGCUGAGGGUUUCUGCCUGCGCAGUGGACAGUCCUCGCGCUGCAGGCAGGGAAACUGAGGCGCGGCGCAGCUGGGGCGGGGCCGUUCCCCCGGCGAUCCCGAGCCCCCGCCCCCGGCCGGCCCCGCCCUGGCCAGUAAGAGGCCCCCUGCGCGCGAGGCGAAGGCGCACAGAACAGCACGGGGGCCGAGGCCAGGACGCAAUGGCAGCUCAGAGGCUGGGCAAGCGGGUGCUGAGCAAACUGCAGGCUCCGUCGAGGGCCCGCGGGCCGGGGGGCAGCCCCGGGGGACUGCAGAAACGACACGCGCGUGUCACCGUCAAGUAUGACCGGCGGGAGCUUCAGCGGAGGCUGGACGUGGAGAAGUGGAUCGACGGGCGCUUGGAGGAGCUGUACCGCGGCAGGGAGGCAGACAUGCCUGAUGAGGUCAACAUUGACGAAUUGUUGGAACUAGAGAAUGAAGAGGACAGAAGCCAGAAAAUUCAGGGACUCCUGAAAUCGUGCAUGAACCCCACAGAGGACUUCGUCCAGGAGCUGCUGGUGAAGCUGCGAGGCCUCCACAAGCAGCCAGGCCUCCGCCAGCCCAGCCCCUCCAGUGACCGAAGCCUGAGCCCCCUCCCGGACCGGGGCCGGACCGCACCGCCUUGACCUUCUCUUGCCUCUCCCCUCUGACUCCCCCCAGCCCACCCCGUGCCCUCCUGGCUUGUUUAUAAGUUGUAUUUAAUGGUUCUGUAACAAUAACACCGUG